GCGGCGCCGGGUGAGGCGAGGAGAGGCGGGCGUGGCCAUGGCGGCGGCCGCCGGCUCCCCGCCGCCUCCGCCGCGUGGCACCGAGGUGAGCGUGGCCGGGGCGGCGGGCGCGUGGCGGUGCGGCUGCAGGCGGCGGCGGGGCGGGGGCGGGGGCGCGCGCGGGCGGCGCUGGGGCCGGGGCUGGGGCUGGGGCUGGGGGCCGGGCGGGCGCCGCAGCUCUUCGAGCGCGCCUCGUCGCGCUGGUGGGACCCGCGCUUCGACUCGAGCAACCUGGAGCAGGCCUGCCGCGAGCGCCGCUUCCCGCAGACGCGGCGCCGGCUCCGCUACGCGCUCUGCUACCUGGGCGCGGCGGCGCUGCUGUGGGGCGCCUACCUGGGCUGGGGGCGGGGCGGCGGGGCGGCGGCGGCGGGAGUGGCGCUGGCUUUCCUGGCCGCCUGCCUGGGCGCGCUGCUCUUCACCUUCACGCGCGCGUACGGCCGCCACCCGGCCGGGUCGUCGCUGGCGCUGGCGCUGCUGGUGCUGGCCCUCCCGCUGGCCACGCAGCUGCCGCAGGCGCCCGGGCCCGGGGCGGGGGGCAACGGGAGCGCGGACGCCGCGCCCUCGCCCUGCCUGUCCCCGGUGGGCAGCUUCUCGCUGUGCGUGGCGGCGCUGCUGCUGCUCUACGCCGUGCCGCACCUGCCGCUCUACCUGAGCCUGCUGCUGGGGCUGGGCGGCUCGGCGGUCUUCGAGGCGCUGGGCUACGGCUUCCGCGACGAGCGCUGCUUCGCGCGCCCGCCGGGCCAGCGGCUGGCUCCCUGGGAGCUGCUGGGCAAGGCCCUGCUGCACCUGUGCAUCCACGCCACCGGCGUGCACCUCUUCAUCAUGUCGGAGGUGCGGUCCAGGAGCACCUUCCUCAAGGUGGGGCAGUCCAUCAUGCACGGGAAAGACCUGGAGGUGGAGAAGGCCCUGAAGGAGCGCAUGAUCCACUCGGUCAUGCCCAGGAUCAUCGCUGACGACCUGAUGAAGCAGGGGGACGAGGACAGCGAGAACUCCUCCGUCAAGCGCCAUUCCGCCUCCAGCCCCAAAAGCAAGAAGAAGAAACCAUCCAUUCAGAAAACCCCCAUUGUCUUUCGCCCCUUCAAGAUGCAGCAGAUAGAACAAGUCAGUAUUCUGUUUGCCGAUAUUGUAGGCUUUACCAAAAUGAGUGCUAACAAAUCUGCGCAUGCCCUAGUGGGGCUUUUGAAUGACCUCUUUGGCCGCUUUGAUCGCCUCUGCGAGGACACCAAGUGUGAGAAGAUAAGCACUUUGGGGGACUGCUACUACUGUGUGGCGGGGUGUCCCGAGCCCCGAGUGGAUCAUGCUUACUGCUGCAUCGAGAUGGGCUUGGGCAUGAUCAAAGCCAUUGAGCAGUUUUGCCAAGAGAAGAAAGAAAUGGUGAAUAUGAGGGUUGGCGUGCACACCGGGACGGUCCUUUGUGGCAUUCUGGGAAUGAGGAGAUUUAAGUUUGAUGUCUGGUCCAAUGAUGUCAAUUUAGCUAACUUAAUGGAACAACUGGGCGUCGCUGGGAAGGUCCAUAUUUCAGAGGCUACUGCAAAAUACUUGGAUGAUCGCUACGAAAUGGAGGAUGGAAAGGUGAUGGAGCGCGUGGGCCAGAGCGUGGUGGCGGACCAGCUGAAAGGUUUGAAAACAUACUUGAUCUCUGGCUUGAAAAAGAAGGAAACCCAUUGCAGCUGCUCGGAGAUGCUCCUCCUUCCAGGUCUAGAAGCAGGAGAUGGAAGCAGGUCACAGGGAGCUUCAUCGGAGAAUGUGGAUGAUUUAGCAAAAACAUUCAAGUACUUAGAAAAAAAUAAGAUCUGCCAUUCAUGCAGUGUUACUUUUUCCCCUGGCUGUGCUGUGAGUGCAGAGGAAGGAGCGAUUCAAAAUGGAUGCCAGGAGGACCAUAAGACCAGCACAAAGAGUCCCGGGGGAGGCAGCCCAAAGUCUCGGAAUGGACUUCUAAGUCCCCCACAAGAGGAGAAACUGAGCAGCAGCCAAACGUCUCUUUAUGAAAUGUUGCAAGAGAAGGGAAGAUGGGUUGGAGCAAGCUUGGAUCAUUCAGCUCUUCUGCCAUUGCGGUUCAAAAAUAUCAGAGAAAAAACAGAUGCUCACUUUGUUGAUGUCAUUAAAGAAGACAGCUUGAUGAAAGACUAUUUUUUUAAGCCACCCAUUAACAAGUUGAGCCUGAACUUCCUUGAACAUGAUUUGGAGAUGGCCUACCGGAGAAGCUACCAAGAAGAGGUCAUUAGAAGAGUCCCCGUGAAGACCUUCGCCAGCGCUACUUUCAGCUCCCUCCUGGAUGUGUGCCUAUCCGCCAUUGUCUUCCUCAUCCUCUCCAUCGCUUGCUUCCUGAAACAUGGGCUGGUGGCCUCUCCUCCCCCUCCUGCAGCCGUGGCUGUGGCAGUAGUGGCCAUCCUGCUUGAGGUGGUCUCUCUUACCGUCUCCAUCAGGAUGGCUUUCUUUCUGGAGGACAUGAUGAUCUGCACCAAGCGACUCUUGGAAGUGAUUGCUGGGUGGCUGCCCCGACACUUCAUUGGAGCCGUUUUGAUCUCCCUGCCUGCUCUUGCAGUCUUCUCACACUUCACCUCCGAGUUUGGAACCAACCUCUAUUCUACCAUGUUUAUGUGUUCUGCAGUUCUCAUCACAAUAGUCCAGUACUGUAACUUUUGUCAGCUCAGCUCCUGGAUGAGAUCCUCUUUGGCUACCCUUGUUGGAGGGGUCCUCCUCCUCCUCCUGUACGUGUCCCGGUGUUCUGACAGCGUCUUGGAGGAUUCAAAUCUUGUUUCACUGAGGAACCUAAGCUUCAUAGAGAAUGCCUGCAACAGUUCUGCAUCGGAGGAUUUCAGUAGGCCGGCAGAUCUGAUUGGCCUGGAAGUGGUUUUGGGCCUCUUCCUUCUCCUUGUCUUAGUUUGGUUCUUAAAUCGGGAGUUUGAGGUGAGUUACCGUCUCCAUUAUCACGGAGAUGUGGAAGCUGAUCUUCACCGUACCAAGAUUCAAAGCAUGAGGGACCAGGCAGACUGGCUCCUGCGGAACAUCAUUCCCUACCACGUGGCCGAGCAACUGAAAGUGUCCCAAAGCUAUUCCAAAAACCACGACAGCGGGGGGGUGAUCUUCGCCAGCAUUGUGAACUUCAGUGAGUUCUACGAGGAGAAUUACGAAGGAGGCAAGGAAUGUUACCGCGUCCUGAAUGAACUGAUUGGAGACUUUGAUGAGCUGCUAAGCAAGCCCGAUUACAGCAACAUUGAGAAAAUCAAAACCAUCGGGGCCACCUACAUGGCUGCCUCUGGGCUGAACGCUUCCCAGUGCCAGGACAGCAGUAACCCUCAUGCCCAUCUGCAGACGCUCUUUGAAUUUGCCAAAGAAAUGAUGCGUGUGGUGGAUGACUUUAACAACAACAUGCUGUGGUUUAAUUUUAAGCUGAGGAUCGGCUUUAACCACGGCCCCCUGACAGCUGGGGUCAUCGGCACCACCAAGCUCUUAUAUGACAUCUGGGGGGACACUGUGAACAUAGCAAGCAGGAUGGACACCACGGGAGUCGAGUGCCGGAUCCAGGUGAGUGAGGAGAGUUACCGCAUUCUUCACAAAAUGGGCUAUGACUUUGAUUACCGUGGGACAGUCAACGUGAAGGGCAAAGGCCAGAUGAAGACUUUCCUCUAUCCCAAAUGCAUGGACAGUGGGGUGGUGCCCCACCAUCAGUUGUCUAUCUCUCCAGAUAUUCGGGUUCAAGUGGAUGGCAGCAUUGGGCGGUCUCCAACUGAUGAGAUCACCAACUUGGUGCCUUCUGUACAGAACUUGGACAAGAUGCCUCCCGACAUAGAGCUCAAAGAUUUGCUUCCCCGCUUCAAGAAGUUUCCCAAAGAAUUGGUUAAAUUAGACAGUCGCCCUCAGUUUGGUGCAGCUGGUGAGAAGGGUGUUUGUGAGGAGGCUGGGCCAGGGGAGGCCAACGAACUGACCAAACUGAACAGCUCCCGGAGUGUGUGAUGCCCACUGAUUCUUCUCAGCGAGAAAUCUGAGCCCUCUCCAACCGGCCUUUUCUCUUGUACAGAGGGCUAACAGGAAGUGGCACAGCCUGGCUCAGUUGUUACCCGUUUCUUUGGGCAUCUGAAUUGGAGAGGAUCGUAGCCAUGCCGGGCUCUGGCCCCUCUUUUUCACUUCCCUUGAAAUGUUUAUUUUUUCCUGAGAGGAGACAUCAAGUGCCUUCAGACAGACUCUGCCGGACUGAGGAGGAGCAGUAUAGAUUGGGGAUUGGAACACAUUUAAAGGACAAGUUGUGGUUACUUCAUUUUUGUUUCUCAUCAACAGCUUCCUUUGCACCACCAAGCAGAGUGAAUAAAUAGGUGUGUGAGUGUUUACACUCACAUUUUAUAUGUAAACACAGACAAUUGCAUGUUUGCCUACCUUCUGUGAUCGACACUAAGAACUGCUCAAAGGAGAUACUGGGGGCCGGUAGGAAUGGUCAUCUUGGAACAUGGAGGAAUGAGAAGAUUUCAUUUGGAGUUCAGCUCUUACUAAAGAAGCAGCUGAGCUGUUGUUUGCCAAAAUCAGAUUAAAGUGCCAUUGUGCUUUCUGGAACACUGGACUUGCCGUUUUCCGGCAGAUCAGAAGGGGGCAUGUAGUGUACAGCCCAGCCAGUUGGGUGUGCUGGUGCCGCCGGUUUUGGCCCUGAUGGUUCCACAUUUUACCUUUGCCACUAUAGGGGGCAGGUAGUAAGGCCUGACUUGGGCCUGCCCCGCUUUAUUUUCUGCUUCGGGGGCCCUGCUGGCAUAAUCCCACGUCAGUUUACCUGUCCACAUGCAGGAGCCAGGCUGUCCCUCAGCAGAAUUGGCCCCAAAGGGGAUGAUAAUACCUCCAGUGGCAUCUGGAGUUAUGACUCUGUGUCACAAGAUGUCAAAACAAGUGGGAGUAAAAUAAGCCCUCAGCCAUGUAGCUUUUGGCUGAGGAAAUGAUUCACUCUUUUAUUUGGCACAAUGUUUUUAUUCCAGUAUACUCUAGGGAAAUAUUGGUCCACCUAAAUAAAGAAAAAGAAAUCCAAUCAUAAAUCUGUACUAUUAAUAUACAAAAAUGAAUAGGGAGUUACCUACUUUUUCCCCCAAACUCAAAUAACCUGAAAAUCAAAAUACUUUAGGAUUAGACAAACUUGGGCUACUUUAAAAGUAUAAAGUUUUAAUGUAUCAUAGAACUCUCUUUUGGCACUUUUUCACCACCAGAAUUGAUGAAGCCUGAAGAUGACACUGUUCCCUCUUUUUGUGGGUCAGCUAACUCUGUUAAAACUAGAGUAUAGGCUUUUCCCCACCAAUUAUGGAAUGCACCCCAAGAAUUUGUGGCCCAAGGAGCUUUUCUGUACCUCAUUCUUUCUUUGAAUCUACCAUCACAGCUGUGCCAAACAGCACUACAGUGCGCAAGCCCUUUUUCCAGCAUGGGCUGAAGGCGCAGCAACGCAGCUGCCCUCCAUGCUUUUCAGGGAGGAAAACAGGGCUGUGUGCUUCGCAAAGCGCAAUUACAAAGGCAACCUUUUUUUCUGCCUAGCAUACUGUCGUUACAUUCCUAAACACCAGGAUUGGGAAUUACCAGCGACUUACGUGAUAGGUUGUAGGAGUAGGCUGCACUCAUUUGGAUGCAUCUUGCCUCCCUUUCAGUCGAGCUUCCAGAAAAAUCAGUUCAAUUUAUAUUCCCUAUAAAUGAAUCAUCUGAAUCCUAGUUUCUGUUUGAACUGCUGUUUUCCCUAUGCUAAGUGGAUCAUGCUUAAUGCCAAGCCUCAGCAGGCAGACAGCCACUGGAAAGAACUUUUUUGGGUGGUGGCAUUUUGCUUCAGGAUCAAAAAUAACCAGCAGUGCUAAACCAGCUACAGUCCUUUGAUUUCUUCCUGGUUCGGCUCUCAAUAUGGAGUAUUGCCCAUUGCCUUGGAUUUCCUGCCAAAAGGGACCUGCAGAGUUAAAUUCAGCCUUUUCAGAUAAGAGCAGUAGCAUUGUCUGGAUUGCUGCUGAGAGUUUAUUUGACUUACUUCAGUUCCCAGACACCGAUGAUCUUGGAGAGGGAAAGAGCUUGGCCAUUUUAUGGUGCUAAGGUCUGUUGUGUUCAGUCAGCAAAGUAACCUGAAAAGUGUAAAUUCCACAACCUCCUCUUGAAGAAUGCAGCAUGCUACCUUGAAGCUUUUAUCCAUGGCAAACAGGGUAACUUGCUGGCCUAAGUCAUCUUGGAUCCCAGAAAGUGUUUCUUGCUGUGACCAAGGUUAGUGGGGUAUUCCAGUCCUUUCCCUGUCAGAAAGGUCCAGAAGACAAGUUAAACUGGCUUCCACGGACAGUUUUUAUUUUAAAAGCUGUUCAUGUUGCCACUAUCCGCAGAUAAUUAGAUGGAAAGGGUUCCUUGGGAAAAUGGAAUAACUGUUGAGCAUUUCAAACAUAGCAAAACAGCAACAAAAGUUCUGAAAGAAGACAGGUUGUGGGUCCAUCAUGGUAAUUCAGAAGUUUUGGGUAAGUGCUUUAUUAAAUGCGUAUGUAAAUAAUACGACUCCAAUACUGUGCAGUGUCCUGUAUUUUGCUUUGGAAUAUUCUGAGAUGAGAGAACGACAAUAUAGUUGGAAAUUGCAGGCUGAUAGAAAUACACUGAUGGACUAACAAGCAGCAAAUUCCUGAAGGGUAGGAGGGUGGGAUGGCAAGAGCAGCCAAGGUCUGGUGCCUUUUUGUAAGGAAACUCCUCACAGUUUAACUGAGGCUGUACUAUAAAGAAGCUUAAGGAGACAUCAGGGCUUGAUGUGGAAAGAGAGACGGGAGACUUUUGUACAGAAGAGGGCUAGGAAGGAGCUCUGCCUUGCUUUGCUGAAAGUGGGUUUCAUUAAAAUUCUUGGCACUUACUGAAGCUAGAUUCAGUCAAAUCAAGAAAGUAAGUGCCUGUUUGGGAGUGGAUCAAGUCUGCAUCCUCCUCUGCUGACUAAUCUCUUGAUCAAAGCAAAGACUUUGACUUCCACAGCAAGCAGUUUCCUCCUUGCCUGUCACCUGGGACUUUCUGGUUUGCUCCCUAGUAAAUUCUGGCAGGAAUAAUAGUUUCUCCUUUUUCUCCAUAACUUGCAUUUCCUACAGAGCAUCUGCUAGUACUGAAAUGUGCAGGGAUCACAAUGGUGCCAGUGGGGCACUGUUCCCAUUUUACAGAAACAAUACCUCUAGAAGAGACCACGGGACUGCUGACCUCUGUGAAAAGCUCCCGAGCACUGGAGAAUUUGAGGGCUGCCCAAACGUAUGUUGGUUCUUCACUGCUGUUGCCUCAUCUGUGUUGCUGAUCCACAUAGCAGGGGGGUUUGAGUAUCUGCUCUCCUAGAUCUUAGAAGCAAGAUACACCAGAUCAUCUGAAUCUGGACAGGAACAUGUUAUGUCUGAUGUAGGAGUUUUCUGGGGCUAUUCUCAUCUUGGCAAUAGGCCCUGGAAGAUGCAUUUUGUCCUGGGAAAUAGGAAGUGGUGUACCUCCUCUGCCUUAAGUCUGGGCUAUGCAACACCCUUGUCUGUCCUCAGUGUGCACAGGAAUGGAUCCUUUGACACUGUUGCCUCAUGUGCUGAAAUAUUAGUGGAAGAGCGAGAGAUAAGCAAUGAAACUUGAAGCCCCUUCAUUGGCUUGAAAUGUGUCUGUGCUCAUACCAUGUGCCUACAUACAAUGAAUUGGACUGGUGUACUCGGGCCAAUUUCUUGGGUAAACAUGAUAUUACUUUAUUAACUAAUCUUCAGCUGGUUUGCAGGGUACAUGAGGCUCAAUAGUGUCAUAUGAACGCAUCAGGGUUGUUGGGCUUCCCUUGAGCCAGGCUUUCCGAGGGAAGGUUCCUGAGCAACUGGGCUGGCUUUUAAAAUCCAUUCCUUGGCAUGCCCUUAACUCCUCUCAAGCCACUCCUCUGCUGGGGUGGCCCAGAGGUCGUAGAGGUUGACUGACUGCUGGAAGUGGGGAGAGUAUUGCCAGAGGUGGGAUGUAAAUAGCCGCUGAGAAUAGGCCUGACUGGCACCUGACAGCAAAGGUGAAAUGCUGCAAGGUGAAUGGGGAAGAACGGUAGAAACCUUUCUUUGUUACUUAGGCAAUGUAAUCAAUUCUCUAUUAAACUCUUUUCUGUAUUGGA